AUGCUGGCGAGGUCGUACGUGUGGUGGCCGGGUAUCGAUAAAGAUAUAGAAGAGUAUACAAAGGCAUGCGAAGCAUGUUUAGUCGAGCAAAAGAAACCACCGCAAACGCCUUUGACUACGUGGCCUUGGCCUGACCGUGCAUGGCAUCGCAUCCAUUGUGACUUCAUGGGCCCAUUCUGGGGUGACAUGUAUCUAGUAAUAAUUCAUGCGCAUACGAAAUGGCCCGAAGUUAUCAAUUUUAAAAAGAACACAAAAGCGUAUAGGUUAGUUCAGGAAUUUAAAUGUUUAUUUGCACGUUAUGGCUUACCUGUGCACGUAGUAACUGAUGGAGGAUCACAGUUUAGAUCUGAUGAAUUUACAGAUUUUUUAAAGCAAAAUGGAGUUGCGCACAGUUUUUCUCCGCCUUACCACCCAGCGACAAACGGCGCAGCCGAAAACGUUGUCGGUACAUUUAAAAAUAAAGUUUCAAAAAUUGUAAAGGGGGGAAAGACGCCCGAAAACGCUAUAAAUUUGUUCUUAUUUGAUUACCGCAAUAUGGAACAUUGUACCACUGGCAAAAGUCCAUCACAAUUAAUGUAUAAGCGAGACGUGCGUACGCGGUUUGAUCUGUUAAGAACUAGCGUAACAGCUAGAAUAGAACGAAAGCAACGAGCACAAAUUGUAGCACGAGCAGGUAAGCGAAAGAAUGAUGUAGAAGUCGGUGACGUUAUUUUGUACGAUAACCAUGCCGUUGGAGGUGAGAAGAGAAAGUUAGGAGAAGUUGUAAAAAAGGUAUCUCCAUCAACCUAUGUUGUAAGGGAUUGUAAUGGUAGUUUUCAAAAGCGCCACAUCGACCAGAUUGUAAAGCGACCGCCUGUUCGUCGCUCGCCGCGUAUAAACAAAGAUAAAAAAAAAAGCGGAAGAUUGUAG